UGUGCAAGCAUUAACAAUGGAAGUUUUACCUCGGUGCUUUUCCAAAUGACAAAUAUGUGAAAUCACAAUUUUUUAUUCAGGCACACUUGUAUCGUAAUCACUUUAAAAUGCUCGAUGGCAGAGCAUCUGAAUUGUUGUCAAUGAGUUUUUCGUUUAGUUGUAAAAUGAGAUUCGUUGUGUAAAAAUGAAGUUCAAUCAUAUAUUGUGUGGUAUUUUUGUGUUGAUUUUGUUGCAUCUAACAGUUUUUGUUAGUGCUUCGACCAUUCAAAGAAGUCUAUCGGACGACAUUCGCAAUGGCAUUAGUAUAGCGGGGAAAAUUUUUGGCGUCGACUCACCGUCGAACAUCGCAAUUAUAUCGAACAUUGCCGAAUUGGUCACUCGUUCGUUUGCAACGAAUUCAAAUACGAAUGCAAAUGGAAACCGAAAUAAUGGCUGGGAUCGACGUCAUAUGACCGAGAGAUAUCCGUCCGAUCAUUUGGAAGAUUUUGAUGAAUUACCACAAAAUAUUCAACAAAACACUCCAAAUGACCAGGGAAACAUUGAGGACAAUGUGAUCACUGGAAGUACCAAACCAACAACUGGAAUUGACAGUGGAUUUUUGGGACAAGUUAUACGUAUCAUGGGCAUGGACACGGGCAAAAUUGGAGCAAUUGCAAUCAAUGGCAUUAUUUUCAUUGCACAAAUGAUUGGUCGUUCAUUAAUAUCAGCAUUCACAACCGUAAAAACUGGAAUGGGCACGAAACCAAAUGAAAAUAUCGAAGUGUUCGAUCGAAUUCGACGUUUUAAAGACGAAAACGUUGAAGAAGAAAUAGUUGACGAAGAAUCACAGUCUAUCUGGGACGAUACGAUCGGUUGGAUUCUCGAACAACGAAAAAACAACCCAUUUUUAUCAAAACAUAUUGACGCAAUGCUGGAUAAAAAUCUGCCAGAGCGUUUAGUAAAUAUGGUUGACAAUGGAAAUGGUCGUGAUGAUACAUCAACCGACGCAAACAGUGAUUGCGUCAAACAAUUGCUUUGUAAAACAGCGCCGUUUAUCUGGAGCAUGCAAAAAGCAGUUUCAUCACGAAUGAAUAACUCUGACACUGAGGCAAGCACAACCGACGAUUUAUUCAAUGACAAUGCAAAGAGUGCCGAAAAUUCAACUGAUGACGGUAAUCACAUGAAUGCAUUUUUCAAAUAUCUCCCAACAUUUGAUGAAUUCAAAAAUCGCGGUGUUACAUGUGAAGAUCAAUACAAAGAGUGUAAAAUAUUUUGA